AUGGAUGACUUUGAAAAAAGUGAUAAUAAUGUUCGUGAACCUAUAACAAUAAGAUUAUAUGCUGGUAUUUGUGUCAUUGGAAUUUUAGGAUUUGUUGGAUUUAUUAUAAAUCUUUUUAUAGAAGAGUAUGUCAUUUUAGGUAGUAUAAUUUCUCCAGUAAUUUUGAUAUCAUUAAUAUUUUUGACAUAUAAUUGGUUAGCUGUUUUUAUAUAUCAAAUGACAAGAAGACAUACAUUUGUCAUUGAUUUUGGGUAUGUAUUAAAUCAAGGAUUAGAUGUAACAUCUUCAAAUAAUAUUCCAUAUUCAGUAGAAUUGAAGGCUGCCAUGUAUCCUCCAACAGCUAAAACAUAUAAUUUUGGUAGUUGUACAACACCAGACAAUCUUUCUGAACCACUUUUAGAAAUAGAAAAAAAUAAAUAUAAAGAAAAUCGGUAUAAAAAUAGAAAAAAAGCAAUACCUGCUCCACAUAAUAUAUGA